CACCCCAAAUUUUGCCCCCCGCAGCCAUGGCGGGGACUUUGGGUUCCGCGGUGCAGGCGCUGAGCGUGCUGCAGUGGAUGCUGACCUUCCUGUUCCUCGGGCCGGGCGCGGUGCUGGCGCUGCUGCUGCUGCUGAGGACGCGGCUCUGGAUCGUCACCGUCACCUACGCGGGGUGGUGGCUCUGGGACUGGCACGGGCCCCAGCGCGGGCCCCGGCACUGGGACUGGCUGCGGAACUGGCGCGUCUGGGACCAUUUCUGUGACUACUUCCCCAUCACG